AAAGCCGCUGCGCUCCACACAUCCAGCACACAUUCGCUUCUGUCUUCUAGCGGUGUCUCACCUCAGCUACAAUAAACGCGUAACUCGUUGUCGCCUCGUUACACUUUAGAGAUGGCACUUCAGAGCACUAUUCUUCACUUGGGCCGCAUGAGUCUGCUCCAGAAGACUUGCAAGCAGUUUUUCCUGCAAGCCCACGGGCUGCACAAGUCCGUGGCGAGCGGCUCUCUGGAGAUCGCGGCACACAGUCCGGAGGAUGUCAAGGAGGAGAACAUGGAGGAGACGCAGAAGGUGGAGAGAGUAAAGACCCUCCAAGAGAUGCCCGGACCCAGUACUAUCACCAACCUCAUGGAGUUCUUCUACCGGGAUGGCUUCAGCCGCAUCCAUGAGAUCCAGAUGGAGCACUCCCAGAAGUAUGGCAAGAUCUUCAAGUCUCGAUUUGGACCUCAGCUGGUGGUGUCUAUCGCUGACAGAGACAUGGUGGCUCAGGUUCUUAGGGCUGAAGGUGCGGCUCCUCAGAGAGGCAACAUGGAGUCUUGGAAGGAGUACAGAGACUUGAGGGGGAGAUCCACUGGACUCAUUUCAGCCGAGGGUGACGAGUGGUUGAAGAUGCGCAGUGUUCUUCGUCAGCUCAUCAUGCGCCCAAGAGAUGUGACCGUUUUCUCCCCAGAUGUUAACGCUGUGGUGGCUGACCUGGUGGACAGAGUCAUGACACUUCGAAGCCAACAUACAGAUGGCCGUACUGUCCUCAACAUCAAUGACCUGUUCUUCAAAUAUGCCAUGGAAGGUGUCGCAACCAUUUUGUACGAGACCCGCCUGGGCUGCUUGGAAGACAAAAUUCCCAAGAUGAGUCAGGAGUACAUUGCUGCACUGCACCUCAUGUUCAGCUCUUUUAAGACCACCAUGUAUGCUGGUGCCAUUCCCAAAUGGCUACGUCCUAUCAUUCCCAAACCCUGGGAAGAAUUCUGCAGCUCAUGGGAUGGCCUCUUUAAAUUCAGCCAGAUCCAUGUGGACAAGAGGCUUUCAGAGAUCAAAAAGAAUAUGGAGAAGGGUGAAGCGAUUAAAGGAGGGUUGUUGACUCACAUGCUCGUCACCAGAGAGAUGAAUUUGGAGGAGAUCUACGCAAACAUGACAGAAAUGCUCCUGGCUGGGGUGGACACGACCUCUUUCACACUGUCAUGGAGCACGUACCUUCUGGCAAGACAUCCCAUGGUACAGCAGGAUAUCUUUGAGGAAGUGGACCGUGUGCUGGGUGGGCGGGUCCCAACUGGAGAGGAUGUUGCUAAUUUACCCCUGAUUAGAGGGCUUGUCAAAGAGACCCUCAGGCUUUUCCCUGUUCUCCCUGGAAACGGCCGUGUUACACAGGAUGAUUUGAUCAUUGGAGGUUAUUUCAUUCCUAAAGGGACUCAACUGGCUCUGUGUCAUUACUCAACCUCCAUGGAGGAGGAGAACUUCCCCCGCGCUGAUGAUUUCCGUCCGGACCGCUGGAUCCGCAAGGAUGCCUCUGACCGCGUCGAUAACUUUGGCUCCAUCCCGUUUGGCUACGGUAUCCGCAGCUGCAUCGGGAGAAGAAUAGCCGAAUUGGAGAUGCAUCUGGCUCUUACACAGCUCCUUCAGAAGUUCUGCAUCGAGGUGUCUCCCCAGACCACUGAUGUGCGUGCUAAAACUCAUGGCCUCCUCUGUCCGGGAGCAAACAUCAACCUGAGAUUUGUGGACAGAAUGUAGACUGCCAUUACACUCUGUAAAUACAGGAUAAACCUUAGUCCACCUUGUGCUUUUAGAAGUCCAGAGACGGUUCGUUUCAUUAUGUACUAUAGUGCCUUUUGCUUUGUGUCUUUUUAAAAUAGUUUUAAAUAGACUUUUUUUUUUAUUUUGUAUUAAUUAUUGCUGCUUUGUAAGAAUGUACAUAUCCAAACAGAAGACCAAAUGUUUUGAAAAAUGUAAAAAAAAAAUUUUUUUAUUACAAAUCAAUAGCGAUUAUUUUUAGAAUUGUGUUUGAAAUUGCUAAUCUUUUUUAAAAAUGUUUUAUUCAAAUUCAUUUAAAUUUCUCUUACUUUGAAAUAUGAAUUCACGUGAAAUAUGGUCAAGGAGACUUUGUAUAUAGAGGUUUUACUGUUGCAUUAGCUUUAGUGAUAAGCUCAUUAUUUAUUUAACAUGGUUACUUAUCCCUAAUCGUACACAUGCAAGUAUGCUCAUAUGCGCUUAAUGACUUCUAGCUUACAAGCAAGACUUUCCUAAGCAAACAUCAAACAUAAGUAAAUCCUAUCACAGCUGCAAAGCUACUUUAGAAAAUUAGGAGUUGUGUUCAUAUCCUGUCCCGUGGACACUAUUGUCAUAAAAUAGUGUGUACAUGAAACACUUAUCAGAAAGACGUCCAUCUUGAUUUCAGAGUGAAUGUGUUUUUCUUAUGAAUAUUAAAUAUCAUGUCACUGUCGUAUAAGAGCAGUGAUUUUGUAAAUGGUUCCUCUGAAGAAAACAUUUAAAUGCCAACUACAAAUGUGUGGCUCUUUGUUAGUGCACUUGCCUGGUAGGCAAAAGAUGGAUAUUGGGACAUGUUGAGAAUGAACUUCUUGAAGGUAAUCUGAAGAUAGUUUUUGGGGGUGUGAAGCCACUCAAAGCAUUGUGUCAAAUUUGAAAGGUUUUGGUAUGUUGACACUGUUGAAUGAGUUACUGAAUUUUGUAAGAGAACGAAUAAAUGAAUGA